AUGCCUCGGAAGAAUAAUGUGAUGGCUCUUAAGUCCAAGAUUGCGCAGUUGGAGACGGAGCUUGGAAAGGCACGUCCAGUUAGACAGAAGAUUGCUCAAAUUUCAGGCGAAGUCACUAGCACAAACCCCUAUAGUCGUCUCAUGGCACUUCAGAAAAUGGGUGUUGUCGAGAAUUACGCACAAAUCCGUGAAAAGGCCGUUGCGAUUGUUGGUCUUGGUGGCGUUGGCUCAGUAGCUGCGGAAAUGCUUGUCCGUUGCGGUAUCGGUCGUCUCAUCCUCUUCGACUAUGAUAAAGUAGAACUAGCGAAUAUGAAUCGCCUCUUUUUUCAGCCUCAUCAGGUCGGCUUAAGCAAAGUUCAGGCUGCAGAGGCAACAUUGCAGCUGAUAAAUCCUGACGUCAGUUUGGAGUCACACAACUACGAUAUCACCCUAGUGGACAACUUCGACGCCUUCUUGACCACAUUGCGCGGCAACGCAGGCACUCCUGUUGAUCUGGUAUGGUUUGAAUCAGGAGUUAGCGAAGACGCGCUCAGCUGCCACUUUCAGCUCAUGUAUCCGGGUCGGACGGCGUGCUUUGAGUGUAUGCCACCACUGGUGGUGGCUGCAGGCCUGAAUGACACUAAAGUACUCAAACGUGAUGGUGUCUGUGCCGCCUCCCUUCCUACCACCAUGGCUAUCGUUGCCGGUCUCAUGGUACAAAAUGUUCUCAAAUUUCUGCUCAACUUCGGUGAGGUUUCUAGCUACUUUGGCUACGGCGCAGCCAAGGACACGGUAUACCGAGUAGAUCUGCGUCCAAAUCCUUUGUGUGCGGAUGCGUGGUGCCGUCAGCGACAGAAGGAACGACGAGCGCAGCUGAUCAUACGAGGUCUACCGGAGGACGCGCCGUGGGACGCAGAGGUGCAAAUGUCCGUCGCAGCAGAACGUGAGCGAUUAGCUCGCGAGAAUGCAAUCGCUCCUCUCCAUGCAGACAACGAGUUUCAGAUCGAGUUAGUUGGCUCCUCCGUUGUUGAUGAAACUUGCUCAGAGGAUGCCGCUCCUGUUGCCUCUGUGGUGACAAGUGAGGAAUUGGCUGAAACAGGGAGGAGUGACAAUAAGGUCUCUAAUGACGGUCCAAGUCUUUACGAGUUGAUGGAGAAACUGCGAGGCCUCUGA